CAAAAAGUAGUUGCUAGUUUUUUCGUGAAUCAUUUAUUUAGUUCGUCGUUCAUCUAGCUUUUUGUGAUUGUUGUAAAAAUUCGUUAAUUUUAUUAACAAUCGAAUAUUUCAUCCGCCGAUCUAACAACAACGUUAAACGAUGUUUACGACAAGUUAAUUCGAUACAAAAACAUAUCCAAAUGGGUCCGAAGUGCUGUUAAAAUUGUUGUAAAACGACAACAGCAACAUGGUUACUUUUACAUUGUUCUAGUUCACGAAUUUUAAGAAAAAUUUUGCGCACUAGAUUUAGACAAUAUGUUCGUCGAAUCACUCGUUUUGUGACAAUUAAUAAAAGAUCGAAUAUCAUGGAAUCCAUCAGAAAGUGGCUGUACAAACCAAAGAAGGACGACAAGUCCCUGCUAGCCCAAUUCUUCUACGCCGACGAAGAAUUGAACAUAGUAGCCAGCGAAUUGGACAGCUUCGAUGGGCGCAAGGACCCCGAACGUUGCACGACGCUCGUCAAUCAGCUGCGCCAGGCCCAGGACAAGGUCCUCACCAUCACCAACGCCAUCAUGGACGUGCUGAUCGAACACGAACGGGCCAACCGGGACUUCCGCGUCAAGUUCCCCGAGGACGUGCUGCAGGAGAAUCUGGCCGGGCAAUUGUGGUUCGGCGCAGAAUGCCUAGCGGCGGGAUCAUCGAUAAUGAACCGUGAACUGGAGAGCACAGCGAUGAGGCCGCUGGCCAAAGCGGUGACGAAGAGCUUGGAGAACGUGAGGAACUUAUUGAGGGACACGUGCUUGCGAAAUAACACGCCCAACGGCCCGAUCGUGUUGGAUUCCAACGAGCUGUUCACCGAAGUAUUACUGGAGAGCCUGAAGAUAUUCGACAGGCUGUUUGCGGAGUUCGAAUUGGCCUACGUGAGCGCCAUGGUGCCGGUGAAAUCGAUGCAGGAGUACGAAUUGCAGGAGCUGAUCGGCGUGCUGUUCUCCGAGACGUUGCGAAGGGCGUUGAAGAUGAAAUUGCUGACGCAGGAUAUGGUGGACGAUUGCGAUCCGGCGUUGAUGUUCACCAUACCGCGGCUGGCGAUCGUCAGCGGGCUGUUGAUAUUCCCCAACGGGCCGUUGGGCAUCGACAGGCCCAUCGAGGAGAUGAGUGAGAUGUUCCGGCCGUUCAGGACGUUGCUGCACAAAAUACGCGAGUUGCUGUUCACCUUGAACAAACUGGAAUUGUACAGAUUGGAAAAGUUAUUGUGCGACAACGAACAGAUCGACGACGUGAAAACCGUCAGCGACGUCGGCAUCGACAGUGAUCUAUUAGAAUUUAUUAGGCCAUUUUACAGUGAUUACACGUUGUGCCAGGGAACGUUGAAUGAUUAUUUGAAGAGCGAACAGAGCGCGGCGAGUUCGACUGCUAAAAGUAAAAGCGUAAGGGCGGAGAGGAACACCGAAUUGCUCGAUAUAUCCAUCGAUGAUAUACCGUCUACGUCCGGUUACCUCAUUCCGACCAGUGUUAUUCAGAAUACCAUUAUAGCUGCUAAUACGAACUCACAUUCCUCUAUGCACAGGUUGGAUUCUCCACCGGACCGAGAUUCGUUGGAAAUAAUAUCGGUAGCGGCCGCGACGUUAUCGUCCAUUUUAAACACAAACGACGCGAUAGCCGAGAAUAAUCACGUGGCGAAAAUCGCCUCGGCCGAUUUAGAAUCUCCCGACGAUUCGGGCGUGUGCACGGAAACCACAAGCCUCGACAGAUCUCCGAGUCUCGAACAGAACUGCGGCUGCGCCGGCAACUCGUCCUCGGCCCUGUGCCACUGCCACCAGAAGAAGCCGCAGCCGUUGCACGGCAAGUGCACGGCCAGAUUGAUACCGAAACCGUCGUUUCCCGUGCGAAAGAAAAAGACCGAAGCCGACGGUAAGAAGAAACGCCCGCGGGACGAGGACUCGUCGAGCAGCAGCGGCAGCUCGGAGACGUCGAGCUUCAACAGCACGUGCGCCGACGACGAGGAAAUCGCCAUGGCGAUGCAGGCCGCCGAAUUGGCCACCAAGAACGAAGUCAGGGCCAAAUACAAGUCGAGCGAAGAUCUGUUGCACCGAUUGUUCGUGUGCAUAGCGGGCGUGGCCGAUCAGUUGCAGACGAACUUCGCCUGCGAUUUGCGCAACAUCCUCAAGUCGGUGUUUCUGAUCAACGCGUCGGACGCGACGGAGACGGCGCCGCCGAAGAGCCUCGAACCCGUCAAUCCCAUGCAGAAUUCCAUCGAAUACCAUCCGGCCGAGAACGAGGUCAUCGAGAACACCAACGAAUUCAGCGUCGAUCCCAACAUAUUGGCGCAGGAGGCGCUGUUCGAUUCCAACAUCUACUUCCAUUUGGAUUCGGAGGACGAGUUCCUGAGCCAACCGAGGCCGGCGCAGAGCGACGAGCGCAACUUGAAUUCCAUUUCGUCGGAUUUGAAUAGAUACGCCUCGCUUCGCGAAGACAUAGCGAACCUGCAAACGGGCGACGCGACGCCGACGGGCGAGCAACCGUACGAAGUGGACUAUUCGCGUCCGCCGAUUUGGAUACCGGACGUGGAGGCGCCGAAGUGCAUGAGUUGCGGCACGAAUUUCACGAUCGUGAAGCGACGGCACCAUUGCAGGAAUUGCGGUAAGGUGUUUUGCGCGCGUUGCUCGUCGAACAGCGUGCCCUUGCCGAAGCUGGGGCACGCGAAACCCGUGAGGGUGUGCAACAAGUGUUUUAUUUACAAUUUAACGCCGUUUACCAUGUGAGAUUAUUGCAUCGCUGGGGAAUUGCUAAUUGACAAUAUGACGGUGGAGCUUCUUGAAUGAAAUUUUCAAUGCGAGAGAGGCGUAUCAGGUGUGUUGUUUGAUAAAAACUGUUAUUGUGGAAUUCGUAUCGAGAAGUCUGAUAGGCAAGUGUAUUUUUAAUGAUGCGGUUAAGGAAGUUUCAUAGUUGAUAUUGACAUCUCAAUAAGAAUUUAACAAUGAUGUUUUUUCAAAUUAACAUGUGCUUGACGUACAUUUAUCUCAAUAUUUACCUACUUUUAAACGCUCUAAUUAUCAUUUUGACAAUUAAUAAUUCUAACAGAAGAACACAAUUAUCACCAAUAUUUCCGAUAGUUAAUAAUUUAUGUGACAAAUAAUAGCAAAACGUCUAAAUAUGGCAUUUUUUUGAAUCUAUUGAAUGUUUGAAAUAUUUUCUUCGACGGCAGCUUAAUGUCUAACACUGGUUCGUUUACUACACGAGGUUGAUUUUUAUUUAUAUGCAAACAUAAAUAAAUGUGUACUUAAUGUGAUCGUAACAAGUAAGAAGGGAUCAUGAUCGUUUAAUUUUUCGCUUCCUUGUAGUCUCGAUGAGUGUGCUACAAGUACCGAUUUCAAUUCUUUUUUUUUUGUCAAAAAUUCUAACUGGCCUAAAACGUCAAAUUAACAUUUAUUUAAUACAGUCGGAGAAUUUUUAACAAUUAAAAAAAUUGAUUGGCUAUUUUUAGUAGGGAUUGUAUAUUAAAUACACAAUGCAAUAUUUGGUAUAUGUUAUACAAUCCUUGUGUUUCGCCAGCAUUUUUUUCUCUAAUUACUAUCUAUAAGAAUUUAAAAAGUUUUGCCUUACGUGUUUUGAAUAUAUGUGUAUCAAUUUAAGAGCCGUUAGAUAAUUUUUCUUAACAAUUCUAAGGCUGAACGUUAUAUCAAUAUUUAAAUAAAUUAAGGGACAAACUGAUUGUAAUGUUUCUCAUAAUUCUCCAACAAUCGGUUUGGUCCACUCAAAGUAAGUCCACAUAAUUUUCGCGUUACUCUUUAAAACUAGUUGCAUUUGGGCGAAAUUAAUUUCAUUUUCGACGUUAGUACAUAAAUUAGUGUAAAAAAUUCAUAACGACUCAAUAAUUUUAAUUAUUGUACUGAUAUAUUUUGUGAUAAACUUGUACAUUUAUUUAUAAUAUGGUUUAUGGGAUUCAUAUCUCUAUUAAAGAAUAUUUUUCAAAUGUUUGUUUACGAUUUUAUUAACUAGUUACCCGUUACUUUUUACUUAAUUUUCUUCGAAAGUUUAACGCCUUUGAUUUUGUUCGUUCCAUCACAGCGUGUUAUACAACAAGCAUAUAAUGAUAGCUAUUAAUUACUUAAUCUGAUAUUGAUAGCUAUUAUUAGAUGUUAGUUAUAUAGUAAGUAUACCGUUUGAUCACUUUGGACUACAUAAUAAGAUUAACAAAAAUCACUUUACAAAUAAGAAUGUUUUGCUUUAGACAUCUUCUUAAGUAACUCGUGCGAAGCUACAUAAACUCAUCGGUCAUUAGAAGUAAAACAAGAACUUUUAUUUUUCGCUCCACUGCACUGUACAAAUGAAAUAGUUCUCUGGUACAAAAUAGAAUACAAUAUAUUUUUCCAUGAAAAAAUUAAUUAAAAUCCUUAACUAAACAUAGGUAAUAAAUAAAAAAAAAAGUGAAAUACUCUUUGUCUUUAUCUCUCUCUGUACCAUCGACCGCGCGGUUUCCUCAACGUUCUGGGCGACUUUGGCGAGCCCGGCAACCGUCUGGCCCUUUGAUUCGACCGCGCCUUCGUCGCCGCCGGUUUCUUAUUGUUCAACUUCUUAACACACACGUAGAAUUUUAAAUCGCUAUUGUUCAAUUUGUUUAAUUUGUUUUUAUCACUCUUGUUCGCCGCGUGCUUGGGGCUCGGGUUGCAGUUCGCGCGCGCCGCCGGCGCGUCCUUCUUGCCCGCCGGCUUCUUCCUUCGCACGGUCACUUUCCGGCGCACUUGCUUCUUCUUGUUCACGUUGUUCACGCGCUGCGAUAGCUCGCGAUCGUCCUCGUCGUCGUCGUCGGUGUCGCCGCGCGCGCUCGCCGAGUCCGCGUUGCUCUCCGCCUCGCCCUUCUCUUUACUCGCGUCCUUCUUCGCCGCCGGUCUCCUGCUCUUAUUCGGCCACCCUGAA